AAGUGUCCCCAUCAGAGUCCCCCUUUACAUCAGGUGUUCCCAUCAGAGUCCCCCUUUACAUCAGGUGUUCCCAUCAGAGUCCCCCUUUACAUCAGGUGUUCCCAUCAGAGUCCCCCUUUAGAUCAGGUGUUCCCAUCAAAGUCCCCCUUUACAUCAGGUGUUCCCAUCAAAGUCCCCCUUUACAUCAGGUGUUCCCAUCAGAGUCCCCCUUUACAUCAGGUGUUCCCAUCAAAGUCCCCCUUUACAUCAGGUGUUCCCAUCAAAGUCCCCCUUUACAUCAGGUGUUCCCAUCAAAGUCCCCCUUUACAUCAGAGUCCCCCUUUACACCAGAUGUCCCCAUCAGAGUCCCCCUUUACACCAGAUGUCCCCAUCAGAGUCCCCCUUUACACCAGAUGUCCCCAUCAGAGUCCCCCUUUAUAUAAAGGUGUUCCCAUCAGAGUCCCCCUUUAUAUA